AUGGCUCUCCGGGGCCCUUUGAUCCCCUCGGCUCCCGGCGCGCGUGGCCCAUCCCUGACGAGGCUGACGGGCGCGCCAAGGCUGACACCCCCGGCCCGCGUGCCUCUGCUGACUUCGCCGCCCCCGCCGCCGCCGCCGCCGCAGCCUCGGGCGUCCGUGCUGACCUCGGCGCUGCCUCCGUCGGCGUGGCGGGUUGCCUUCCCGACGCCUCCGGCUCGUGUUGCCGUGCUGACGCCUCCUGACGCCCUUCGUCUCGCUUCGCUGACGCUCCGACCUUCUCUGAGACUUUCGCCGCGUUUGCCUCGCCUGCGGUUGACUCGACGCGUUCCUCUGCUGACGCGGCUGACCCCGCUGCCCGCCCUGACACCCCGUCAGAGUAUCCCUGCGCUGACGCCCUUGUCCCGCGUCCCUCCGCUGGAUUCUCCUCCUGACGAGAUACGCGCGAGAGGGCUGACACCGCUGAGGAGGGAGUCCAUGACGUCAGUCGGUGGCCGGUGUCAGCAAUCCGAUUCUGCUCACUGUUGUCAGGAGUAA